AUGCGCCGCCCGCCGCUGCCGCUGGUGUUGAUGACGGCGCUGCUGCUGGGGGCGGCAGCCGCGGCCGCUACCGCCCCCGGGCCGGGGGCGGCGCAGGCGCAGGAGAGCGCGCGCAGUGGACCGCUGAGCGUGCUGUCCGCGCUGGUGGAGUACUUCAAGACGGGGCUGCGCGUCGUCGUGGGCGCCGCCGUGGGGGCAGUGACGGGCUCGGGGCGGUGGCAGGUGCUGCGCGCCAACGCGCCCACGCGAGACGCCGCCGACCAGCUGGAGUCCAUGCUCAACGAGCUCGAGGAGGAAGGCGCCGCCGCCAUCUGGGCAGACGUCGCCUCCAACAGGUCGGCGGACUUCGCAGUCUCUCCGGACAUCCUUGAGGAUGUCAAGGACUUCCUGGAGGAGCACGCCAUCCCUCACACUGUCAUGAUUCCCGACCUGCAGAAGGCGAUCAUGGCGCAGAACCCUCGCCUGUCCAAGCAGCAGCGGAAGGAGCUGCGCACCAUCCAAGGACAUGACUUCACGUUCCGACGCUACCACAGAUACGCAGACAUCUUGCGCUACCUGAGUUACCUGAGCUCCUCGUACCCCGGCCUGGUGGAGGUGCUCACCAUCGGCCACUCGUGGGAAGGCCUGCCCCUCAAGCUGGCCCGCGUCUCCACCGGUGGAACCAUCAGCAAGGACGGGCGGCCCAAGCCAGCCGUCUGGAUAGACGCAGGCGCCUACGGCCGCGAGUGGGUGUCGCCCGCGGUGGCGCUCUUCGUGUUGCGCCAGCUGGUGGAGAACUACCAGGUGAACCGGCGCGUCGUCGACGCCGCGGAGUGGUUCGUGCUGCCCGUGGCCAACCCGGACGGCUACGAGUACAGCCACACCACCGACCGCCUGUGGCGCAAGACCCGCUCCACGCACACCUCGGCUGCCGCCAGGUGGCUGUGGCGGCAGUGCGCGGGGGCGGACCUGAACCGCAACUGGGGCUUCCACUGGGGCGGCGCGGGCGCGUCCCGCGACCCCUGCUCGGAGCGGUUCGCGGGCCCGCGCGCCUUCAGCGAGCCCGAGGCGCGCGCCGCCGCAGACUUCCUGGCGGACCGCGCGGGCCGCGUCCGCCUCUUCCUGUCGCUGCACGCCUACUCGCAGGCGUGGCUCGCGCCCUGGGGGCACUCGCGCAGACCGCCGCCCGACGCGCAGGACCUCAUGGACGUCGCCCGGCUCGCCGUGGAGGCCGCCACCCGCGUCGCGGGCCAGCCCUACCGCAUGGGCCACGCCACGGACCUCGCCGCGCCCAGGGCCGGUUGCUCGGAGGACUGGGCCAAAGGCGUGGCGGGCAUCAAGUACGCCUACGCCGUGGAGCUGAGGGACCGGGGCGACUUCGGCUUCCUGCUGCCCGCCUCGCAGAUCAUCCCCACGGGCCGAGAGACCUUCGCCGCCAUCAAGGCCGCCGUGAGGGCGGUCAUCGCCAGGAUAUAGCCUCGCCCCGUUGGCUCCGUCCAAAGAGGGGAAUAGUCGCGUGGGAACAGAGGCUGGUUCGAACCUCAAAAGCGUGUUGUCACAUUGGUAACAAAGCCUGCCCGACACUCGUAAGGAGAACUCAGUCCCUCUACCAACGUCUUCCUAACUCUGUUUUGAACUGAAUGCAAAGUACGUGGCGUACGGCUGUGUCGAUUUUGCUGUGCUUCAAAGCAUUGACUAGACGAUACUUACAAGACAGCUAUUAGGACGGUAUGACGUGUAAAUUAAGACGAUGCAGAGUUUGAAACGCAAAUGAGGGGAAAACGUAGACGAUACUAAAUAAUAUGCUCUUUCAAACGGUGAAUAGUCUGCCAAUGUCUCUAUUCCGUCGCUUCUCUUCCAGACGAGUAUAACAGUGAAACUAGUCUUCUAGAUAUUUUUUCCAGACUCAGUCAGGGCUUACACAACAAAAGCGUCUCUUCAGGAUAAGCGCUGUCCAUGUCUGGGAGCUGACACUCAGAUUCAAUACACCAAAUUUCCAUACGUCAUUAUCAAUACCCCCUUAACAAUAACAUCUUCAUUUCCAGGACUUCAAAACGCUGCCUCGUACAAAAAACGUUUUUCAUUAGCAGUAAGUAACAUUUUAUUUCUAAACGACAUUCAUCUGUAAUAACGUCACGGGUUUCCAAUAUAACCAAUGUUUAUAACCUUUUUAGGAUUUGAAUUGCUCAAUAAUUUGUAACAGAAUGUUUCUAACAGCAUCGGGUGGAUUAAAUAUAUUACACAAUAUGAAGGCGUGAAAAUUACGCGGUUAAUAGUCCAAAUUUAUCAGGACAGAGUCUUACGUGUCAACAAACCUAUGCAGGAGAAUGUGAUCACUGCUAUGCUGAUCUCUGACAGUGAAUUUAAUUGCUGUGAAACUUGUCGACCAUUUACCUCAAACAGAAAUAGUUUAGCUACGAUUGUUGUAUAUUUACCUCCAUUUCAAGCUAUCUGCAUCAAAGAAAGUGUGAAUUCAAAACUCGUCUUAAUAGAAGUAUCUCUGACAACAGGUGUGGCUUUAGAAAAUGACCAGAAUGCGUGGUUAUUCAACAACAAAUAAACAAUCAAUAUUCAGGACUACUGCAAAAAAACAACGCCAAAUGCACAUUUCUCCAAGUGAGUUUUAAUUUGUGCAUUGUUAGGUGCAUGCUCUUGAUUUUGGCACGUGAAACAAAAAAAUCGACACUUUCUUGUAACAUAAAGGCAGCAAAUUCCUAUCCCAACCUUUAUAACCAUUAGAGCGGCAUUUUAUAUUAAAAAAAUGACAGUGUUCGAUGAAUUCUCAUUUCAGUCUCAAGAAUGCAGAACUGUGUAGAUUAGCUGAUUCACGUGAAUGAAAUGCCAAAAAACAAUUAAAUCGGAUCGUUCGGGUGAAAAUGCAAAAGUUUCACGGCACUACCAAAUAUUAGAUUAAACAUGGAGGUGAAUUAAUAUGCAAUGGCUGUAACAGCUACGAAAUACUAGUUUAUGCAGCUUUUACGCCAGGGCGGAGACGCCUGAAGACAGUAUUUUGAAGUGAGCUGAUUUUUCGUAAGAAUGAAGUUUAUCACUCGUCUUACAGUCAGAUUCUUCUGAGAAACUAAAAGCACCUGUCUUUUGUGUCUAAGGCAGCUGAAUGAGCUGUGUUUAAACAUGUACUCGUAUUGUACCAUCCAGUACGACAGUUCAGUAAUUUGUGAUCAAAGAGACACUCUUCUCACAUGAAUGCUACAUUGUGAGCACCUAUGCAGCAGAGAAUUCAUCAGCUGCAACCAACUGAUUUGAAUCACGCACAGUUAAUUUAUAAACAUAUU